ACCGCAUGGAAGGCCCGCAGAAGGCCCGCGCGCUGAGUCACGCACGAGAGCGAGAGCGAGAGCGAGCUGGAAAUGUCGGAACUGCACACGCUCUCAAACCGCUCGGUUCCCUCCCAUGCACAGCACAACCAUACUGGAUUGCUCCUUGGUGUCAUCCACUGCAACAGACAUAUACUGUACAGCACUACCGUCUGUCUUUACGUUCCCAUAGCUAGUCCGUCCCCGCUUCCACUCCACUGCGUGUGUCGUCCUUCGCAACUAUCUUCUCCGCUCCGAAAGACAGCAUUUUCCCACCGGCAAUGGACCGAACCGCUCAGUCUUCCUCUGCCGACGCUUCUUCGAAGACCGUCCCACCGUCGCAAAUGUGCACGGGUGAAUGUGACAACCCAGUCUGCGAGGAGGUUCUGGGCCGAUACAGGGAUUUGUUGUCGAAACUGAGCGCUUUCGCUCAGGACCCGCAUUCGCAUGGUGUGUCAGUUACCGUAGCGGCAGCUGCUGUGCCCGUGGUUGACUCGCUACCAGAGCCGCCCAUUGUUGUUGUGGACUCGAGCAGGACUGAUGCCGGCCGUGGGGCAAACUCCGCUAAUGUUGAAGUGAGGGGUGUGGACGAGACACCGCAGGUGGAGAGGGAGAGACCCGCAUACGCGCAGUCAGACUAUAACGAAAGCACCAGUUCCCCUACCUUCUCGGAGCCGGCUGCACAUCAGUCGGUGCUGGCAAAACGGAGGCGGUCGACAGGUGGUGCCAUACCAUUGACAAAAAAGCGUAAAGUCGAUUCAGAGGAUGUGCUAGGGUCGUCCACGGCAGAGGAGACUGAUGCGGUGGAGACUCCUGCGGCUGGUUCUCCCGCUUCACCACCGCAAAAAGAGAACGACGCGAAAUGCCACUGGGCGACAUGCACAGCCGAGUUCCGCACCUCCGACGAGCUCGUCCCGCAUAUCAGCAAACUCCACCUAUCCGCCAACCGCAUCGGCCACGUAUACAAACGCCUACAGCCCCAUGGCCAGGACGAGAGUCUCACGAUGGUCGACACGGACACCUCUGAGGAUGAGAGAUACGCUACCGAUCACAGUUAUACCCCUACCACCACCAGUGGGGCCGCGGGGCCAAGCACCCAGACGGUGGAACCGACCGCGAAAGCACCGGCCGCGGCUCGCUCGUCGUUUUACCACGCAUGUAAAUGGGCUUUGUGCAGUCUGUCGAGCUUCUUCUCGGUCGAUGAGCUGUUUCAGCAUCUGUGCUCGGAUCAUUUGGAUAUGAAAGCGGGGGAUUUGGAUGCGCAUGGGUGUUUGUGGCGGGGUUGCGGCCAACGCUUCCACACUUUCGACGAACUCACCGACCACGUCUCGGAAGAGCACAUUGGGUCCGGACAAAGCGAAUACAUCUGCCUGUGGGAGAACUGCGACCGCGACAGGAAACCCUUCACCCAGCGGCAGAAGGUCAUGCGGCAUAUCCAGACACACACGGGCGACAAGCCAUAUCAAUGCACAGUCUGCAACCAACGCUUCUCAGAAGCCGGGAUCAUGACACAACACAUGCGUACCCACACAGGCGAACGCCCUUACAAAUGCCCCGAACCCGCCUGUCUCCGCGAAUUCGCCAUCGCAGGCGCCCUAACCAUCCACAAACGCAAACACACGGGCGAAAAACCGUUCAAGUGUAAAGCGGACGGGUGUGAGAAGAGGUUUGCGGAGAGUUCUAAUCUGACCAAACACUUGAGAGUCCACACCGGCGAAAAACCGUUCAAAUGCCCCGAACAGGAGUGCGACCGCAAGUUUGCGAGGCCGGACCAGGUUGCGCGGCAUCGGAAGACGCACGAGAAGCCGGGGGCGAGUGGCGGUGCUUGAAAAAGCAACUCGCUUGCCCCGGCUAGACUGACUCACUGCUGCUUUGUAUCAUUUUCUUCUUUUUUUUUGGGUGGGGGUGGGCCGCAUAUACCCUUGUUGUACAUAAUGGCGGGAAGCGGGUGUCUGUUGGGAAGGGAAGGGUUUGGUAUGACUGCUUGACUGGUGUGUUACGUUAGGUCUGGAGGUGCUGAAGACUUCUGCAUGGAUUUGACAACUUCGAAAAAAGACAGAUAAGGGGCGACAUUCGAUCUCGCCCGGGUGGCGUGCUGUGUGGGGGAAAGGGGACGAAAAAUGGAAU